CUUCCUUUGUGAAUCCUACAAAAUGUGUUGCUGCUGCCGCCUUGCGUUUGGUCUCUUCCAUCAGCCCCUGUAUGAAAUGGUAUCGGCCGUCGUGUCGACAUGGAGUUCCUGGCACGAAUGGAACCCGACGCUAUCAGCACUUUGUAUCGCGAAUAUAGUGGGUAUCCCACCCCUAUUUCUGCCUUCGUGACGGCGAAUGACUACAUGGCACUAUUAAACGGCACGAGUUUCACUUUAUGUACAGAGUGGAGUCAGACUGAGACGGUCCGGGGAGCCAGACUGCACUAUGCCCAGCAGUGGACGCUGAUUCAAAACUACAGUAAAGAGACCGACAUAGACAUCCAACCACCAAGCCCCUGCAGCCUUUUACACAGCGAAUUUCUGAGUUCCUAUUCCCUGUCUGGAGAUCUGAAGGCGGUUGUCAGGGUAACCAGCGGUCAGGUUGUAGUACAACAGUUCCUGGAGGUAUGGAGCAACAGCUGUUUAAAAAAGAUCCUCGAUCUCACAGCUCUCAACAAACAUGGGAGAGUGUAUGAGGAUGCUCAGUUUGGCUGCCUGGCCUGGUCUACAUGUGAGAGCAGGCUGCUGUAUGUUGCUGAGGGGAAAAGGUCUAUAGGAGAGUCAUACGCUUCAGCCUCCAGCCCAUCAGCUGGAGAGCCAAGAGCAGGGCCCUCGGAAGGCCCUUCUGAGAAGGAUAAGAGUGUGUACUGGGAGGACUGGGGGGAAGGCUUGACCAGUAAAAGUGUCCCAGUGCUGUGUGUGGCCGACGUGGCCAAGGGCACAGUAACAGUGCUGCAGGGUGUCCCGUCACACGUGUCCCCAGGCCAGGGUCUCUGGGCCCAUGAUGGCGAGUCUGUGUUUUUUGUGGGCUGGUGGCAUGAGCCCUUCAGACUGGGCCUGAGGUUCUGCUCCAAUAGGAGGUCAGCUCUGUUUUGUCUGGACCUGGAAGGAAACUGUGAGUGUCUGUCUGGGGACACCAGCUCAGUCUCGUCCCCCCGUCUGAGCCCUGAUGGACGCUACCUGGUGUACCUGGAGGGACAGGUGUUUGGCCCCCACAGCCAGUGUCUCAGCAUGCAGCAGUAUGACCUGGAGACAAGGAAGAUCUCGGUGCUGGUGGACGUAGUCAAUAGGCCAAAGAAAGAUGAGUUUGCUGGGCUGUAUGAGGCUCUGCCACCUCGAUGCUGGGCGUCAGACAGCCAGAGAGUGGUCUUCAGUAGUGCCCGGAGGAACUGGCGGGACCUCUUUGUAGUGGACAGGACCACUAGGAGAGUAACCCGCAUGUCUGACUCUGAGAAAUUUGGGAGCUGGAAGCUGCUCACCAUCCAGAAUGACCUCAUGGUGGUCCACUGUUCCCAUCUGAACGAGGCCCCACGCCUGGUAAUACAGUAUUGUGGUCAUUCAUAUAUCGCUCUGGGCAUUCAGGUUACCCCUAUACAGAGGUCUGGGCAUUCAGGUUACCCCUAUACAGAGGUCUGGGCAUUCAGGUUACCCCUAUACAGAGGUCUGGGCAUUCAGGUUACCCCUAUACAGAGGUCUGGGCAUUCAGGUUACCCCUAUACAGAGGUCUGGGCAUUCAGGUUACCCCUAUACAGAGGUCUGGGCAUUCAGGUUACCCCUAUACAGAGGUCUGGGCAUUCAGGUUACCCCUAUACAGAGGUCUGGGCAUUCAGGUUACCCCUAUACAGAGGUCUGGGCAUUCAGGUUACCCCUAUACAGAGGUCUGGGCAUUCAGGUUACCCCUAUACAGAGGUCUGGGCAUUCAGGUUACCCCUAUACAGAGGUCUGGGCAUUCAGGUUACCCCUAUACAGAGGUCUGGGCAUUCAGGUUACCCCUAUACAGAGGUCUGGGCAUUCAGGUUACCCCUAUACAGAGGUCUGGGCAUUCAGGUUACCCCUAUACAGAGGUCUGGGCAUUCAGGUUAGUGUUUUCCAUUAGCGCCGGCUGUUGGCUGUACAGCCGGUUACACUCAUUUUCAGCCGGGUACUUUUUCCACUUAAAUUAACUAUGCUACUUUUUACAAUUCACAAGUCAUAAAAAAAAAGUUCACGAGCCCUCUCCCACUAAAAUGAAUGAUAUGCAUCUUAUAGCGCGUGUCAGUCAGAAAGUGAGCGACGACAGGGAUGACUGUCUGCUGGGUUGACUGUCUGCUGGGUUGACUGUCUGCUGGGUUGACUGUCUGCUGGGUUGACUGUCUGCUGGGUUGACUGUCUCUCUGUACCUCCUGGGUGUGUAUGUUGUGUACACUGUGCUUGCAGUCACAUUUCUUUACACGGUGGGAGAGAGCACAGAGGAGGAUGGUGGCUGGAGCUAUAGGAGGACGGGCUCAUUGUAAUGAAUGGAAUAAAUGGAACAGUCAAACAUGUGGUUUCCAUGUGUUUGUUUGAUACCGUUACAUGAAUUCCGUACCAGCCAUUACGAUGAGCCCGUCUUCCUGUAGCUCCUACUACCAGCCUCCUCUGAGAGCGCAUGAUGCUCCUUCUUUGUCUGGGAGUCAAUUUGCACGUCCCAUAUAAUGUGGUAACGAUGAGUCGUGGCACAUUAAUUUAUUUUCUUUCGCAUGCUCAGUGGCGAUUUUAGCAUGUAAAUCUUGGUGGGGCAAACUCCAAUUUUUUUUAUUUUCGGUGCAUGUUAGCAAAGCCACUACACUAAACAGUACAUGAAUUGCACUAUAACGGUGACCAACAGUGCCCACACAUGGUUAAGACCUACAUAAAGCUGUACCAACUAUAGAGCUUUCUUUUCAGCACCACAGAGUGAAUCCUUACCACUGCUACACCUGGCUAUCAGCGGAUCCUUGUCUGGCAGCGAAACCGUUCAUUCAGCCUCAUUUACUGCCUUUAAAAAAUAAUAGCUGAUACGGCUGACUUGCUUAAACAAACAUGUCUGAGAUUUUCCAGUUCCGAGUUUCCAGUUGUUUUGAAUGCUGCAGAAGUAACGCUGGAUUGACAGCAUGGCCAAUGUAUUCAACCUUUUCAAGCCCAUCGUGUUCAAUGUUUAUCCUUUUUAAACACCCACCCCACUGAAUAUCAGGCUAGUAAUUGCUUUGCGACGCUUGCAGUUAGCCACUGAUUCCUUCCAAACCACUCAUUGUUGAAUUAGCGAUUUCCAACUUGGUGUGUAACGUUUAUGUCCAAUGGCCGACAAGCACCGAUAAGUUUUAUCAUAAUUUCUCAUAUGACAAGGAUUUGCCAGUAGAUUGUAGACUUAAUUCAUGAUGACUGCUAGCUAAGUAUGAUGUUGACAUGAUCAGUCCAAUCAAAGCUACGGCAGAUAUGUGAUUUGACGUCACUUUAUCUGUGGCCAAUGACCUUGAGCCUUCUUGGAUGGACACUUCUAAUGUAACUCAAUGGCUGCGUUUCAAACAUAUAAAAGACACACCCUCGUCCACUUACCCUUGCCUUAUGCCCUUGGGGGAAUCCCCGUGGCCAUAUUUGUCAGUCCAAAUGAUUAGCCAAGCAAGGGAAGUUUGCAACGUAAGCCCCUCAGCCCUCGUUUUUAAUGGAAUUUGCAGGUGUGCAAUUAUGUUCACUUCGGGGCCUGAAAUGCCCCAUAAUUCAAUUUGCGAUGAUGGUACAUCCGCUAAGAAAAGUCAGCCAAAACCUCAAGGUCAAUAUGGAGUCAAGUGUAAGUAAAAACAAAUGUAAACAAGUUAGAAAUUGUGCUGCUAAUACACCAACACGUCUCGUUAAAAAGUAAAUGUUUAUAUUUAGUUAGCAACUCCAUGUGCUUGUGGAAAACAUGUAGGUUACCCCCCUAUACUGGUCAUUUAGGUUACCCCCCUAUACUGGUCAUUUAGGUUACCCCCCUAUACUGGUCAUUUAGGUUACCCCCCUAUACUGGUCAUUUAGGUUACCCCCCUAUACUGGUCAUUUAGGUUACCCCCCUAUACUGGUCAUUUAGGUUACCCCCCCUAUACUGGUCAUUUAGGUUACCCCCCUAUACUGGUCAUUUAGGUUACCCCCCCUAUACUGGUCAUUUAGGUUACCCCCCCUAUACUGGUCAUUUAGGUUACCCCCCCUAUACUGGUCAUUUAGGUUACCCCCCCUAUACUGGUCAUUUAGGUUACCCCCCCUAUACUGGUCAUUUAGGUUACCCCCCCUAUACUGGUCAUUUAGGUUACCCCCCUAUACUGGUCAUUUAGGUUACCCCCCUAUACUGGUCAUUUAGGUUACCCCCCUAUACUGGUCAUUUAGGUUACCCCCCUAUACUGGUCAUUUAGGUUACCCCCCUAUACUGGUCAUUUAGGUUACCCCCCUAUACCGGUCAU